AUGGAUGUGGACGAAGAUCCAGAUCCAGCGAUGCCACCGUCUGGGACGCCCACGCAUCCCAUUGAUGUUUCUAGCGGUUCUUCCUUUGCGGGAUCUCCCUAUCGAGGUCCCGAUGAAUAUCAAGAGUGGUUUGGGCAGUGGAAAUUUGAAUACACUCCCUCCCACCACAACACACCACCGCAGUGGACUCCUUCUGAGGAGCCGUACUUCCAAGCGGUCACGCCACCGCCACCGCCAGCACAAGAACAACCUCCGCCACCACCAGAACCUUUAAGGCGGAGGAGAAACGCACGAAUGUCCGUGCGAGGGGGUCCACGUUUUAGCACCCCACAAGCUUCUAGCAACUACCCUCCCAUUUUUGAAGAUCCACAAAUGGGUGGACCUUCAAACGCUAUGCCGGAAAUCAACAUUACACCGGCCACCUUUGCACCACCACCACCUCCAAUGGGUUUUGAAAACCCAAUUCCUGCUUACCUAAUACAACUGGUCAAUUAUAACGCUCUCUAUCCUUCACCCUUACCACCUGCAUACCCUACUGGGUAUCCUGCUUAUGGGUAUCAAUACCCUCCACCCCAACCACAGCCACAACCUCAACCUCAACCUCCACCCCAACAACAACAACAACAACAACAACAACAACAAGAAAUCUUGCAAAGGGUGCAAGAGGUUGAACGUAGGGUGGAAAGACAUGAUAGCAAGACCCAUAAGUUUCUUAAGGGUCUUGCAAAAUUUAUCAAAGGAAAGAAGGAUGAAGAUUGA